CGUUCAUUGAUGGUUCAAGUACUUGUCAUUUGCAUCCGACCGCGUACAGUACGCACAUCGAUGAAAUGUAUGUCAGCGAGGCUGGCCAAUCACUCACUUAUCAGCUGAUCUGUCCGGCGAGCUCUCUGUCGUUUGUGGUGCGUCUGGCCAGUCGGGCCUUGGACAACUGAGUCUGUGUGGGGUAGCCCUGGCGGCCGGGUGCUGCGAUGCCCACUCGCCUGUCCUCCGACUUGCGUGGCGGCAGUGUCGGCUGGGGGCCGCCCACAUAGACACCGAACGCGAAACCGUCUGCACUCUCACACCGCACGCAGACGUGUCUCUAUCUGUCUGUGUACGUCUGUGUCUGUGAGCUGACCGUGCGGUAUCUGCGAUGGCGUCCCCGAGCACAGCCACGCGUAGGCGCGGAAACCCUCAGCAGACAGCAGACCACCGUCGCUCCUGCAGCAGUGGAACCACCCACCCACCCACACACACAGGCAGACGGCUUUCCUGUCAGUCGAUCUCUCUCUUAGUUUGGUGACCAUGUGAAGUGGGUGCAGUUGGGCUGUGAACGGCAUGCCUCAGCCGCCUCGUGCGGCCGCUUCACGUCAUCCUGACAACAUACACACACACACACGCACAUACACACGAGAGCAGCUGGACACAUGCAUGCAGCGGCUGACCAUGUGUUUGAUGGUGUUUGCGGCCGAGCAUAUGCCGGCGUUGUUUGGGUAGAUGGCGAAGCUCGACUCACUCAUCUCGCGGGGCUUCACGCACACCACCGCAUCCAUGUGCUUCUCGCUCCCAGUCCACGAAUCAUCUGCACCGACGACAUUCCCACUCUCCCUGUCUGUGUGUCUCUGUGGCCUGUCCGCAUCGACCCACCGGAACAAUAGACGGCUCGGGCUGUGUUAGGGUCAAAGGUGAAGAAUGCGCACUUGGGGUCGGAAUCGCAUUCUGCCGUCGCCUCGCCAAUUGUGAACGUCUGUCUUUUCCAACACACAUACCCACACGAAGUUACAGCUGACUGGAUGGCCUCUCUGGCCUGUCCAGGCUGCGCACCGUGUUGCUGGUUGAGAGGACGUUCUUGCAUGGGGCGGUGUGCGUGGGUAGAUACUAACACAACCAAUGGAUGCACACAAAGACGUGUGUCUUUCCAGCUCGCUCCUGCACUCACUCACCAAGUAGAUUGGAUGCACACCCUCGCGAAACGUCCCUGUCGCACGAUCUGCAGACACCGUGCGCAUUCCCGUCCGUCCAUCCGGCCAUCGAUGUGUGUGUGUGUGUGUGCGUGUGUGUGGUCACCGUAGAGAGGCCUCGGUUCGGUGAUUUGUGUGCAUUCGUAGUCGACGGCGAGAGCCUUCUGCGUGUCUGGGCAGGGGUCGUGGCCCUUUCCAAACGUGGACACUGACGCCAGCACCUUCACACAACACAUAACACAGGACAACAAAUGCAUAUGCUGUGUCUCACUGCGAGGCCUUCUUGAUCGACGCACUUUGCAUUUCUCUCUGCCGGCGCAUAGGCGUUUGACAGUGUAAGUGGACUGCGGGUGGUGGCAGGCGCCCUGCUUGAAUGCGCUGCCCUCGCCGAUCGGGGUGCCGAAGGAUGCCCGCUUGACUGUGAUGGUUUGGCCGGCCGGGCAGUGGAUGGGCAGCAAAUGCUCCUCCAUCACCUUGACGGCAGGAGCCUCGGAGGGCAUCCAGUGGUCGUGGCCAGCGAAGUAACCCGGAAAGCUGCACACAAUUCACACAAGGCACACACGAAGGGGUCAGCUCUUUGUGUGUCUCUCUGUCCCUCUAAUCUGUGCGUCUACCCAUAGUAGAAGAUCUCGUCCGGCGGGUUCUCUCCCUCCUCGCCAAACAACAGAGACGUCUGCGACUUGGCCGAGGCAACGAACAAUGCCAGCACAACGAUCACCACCUUCAU